UUCUUAGGUGUGUGGAAUGCUUUUCGUGGAAACUUGGUAUUAGCCUAGUUUGGCUAAUAAGGAAGCUCUUAAACCCUCUUGACUUUGGAUGACCAAAUUGGCUUUGGAAUCUUGAGUUCUACAGAUAUUCUUAUUGCCAAAAAGGUUCAUAUAAUUAAAUGAAAAACGUUUUCCACAAAUUUUGCCCAUACUAGUCUGUUAAGAGUAGUUUCCUUAGGGCCAUAAAAAAGAAGUCUUUUAGAGCAGUUCUGAGUUUUAUAUGCUGGAGGCAUUGAAAAGCCACUUUGCUAAGUAACCCCUUUGAUGCAAUUGGCUGUAACUUAUACUGUUGCCUUCUCUGUUUCUAUGAGGAGUUUGGUUUGCAAUUGAAUUUGUGAAACUACGGACAUAAGUUUUUGAAUGUCGGAACAUGGGGAAUACUUAACAGAUUGAAAUUGGUGGCUGACUUGGCUCAAGAGAAUUUUAUGAUUUUGUGCAACUCAUAAAAAAGCCCAUUGUAAUAGUGCAACAACUGGCCUGAAAUUUCUGCAGUUGGGAAGCUGUAACACGUUGUGCAACUAACUUGAUAGAAUCCCUGUAAAGUUGACAACCUAUUCCGCGAUGGACUUGAAAGCUAUAUCAUGGGUCGGAAACAUAUACCAAAAGUUCGAAACUAUGUGUUUGGAGAUGGAAGAGGCUAUGUACCAGGACACUGUUAAAUAUGUCGAAAAUCAGGUGAACACUAUUGGUACGAAUGUCAAGAGAUUCUAUUCAGAGGUGCUGCAGGAUGUUCAUCCUCAAUAUAACAUUGAUCCUGUGAAAGUCGCAGCUGCUGACUUGUCUCUGAACCCUUAUGCUCACUAUGAAAUUGACAAGAAGCUGAAAGCAAACCUUAAGGGAAGCACCAGAGGAUUCAGUAACAAAUUAAAUGAUGACACUCAAGUGAUCAAGGGGAAAAACAAAAGCGGAGGAGUCUAUAAACGUCAGAAUGGUGGAAUCAAAGAAAUUGUUAGAGACAGCCACCCAACUAAGAAAUCUGAUGCUAUCUGUCUUGCAUCAGGGGAUGCAAUUAAAUUAGCUUCAAGUGCUGAGGUUAGAGGCGGUUUUGAAAUGGCAUCGGACCAUGUAACUCUGACUUCAGCUCUGGCCUCAGUUAAAGGAUCUGACUAUGGAGAAACGGCAAGUAAAGUUUGUGACCACACUAUAGAAACUAAUGUGCCAGAAGCUGGUGCUUCAACUAAUUCUGCGGCUUCUGUCAAGACAUCAGUUGAAUCCGUUGGGAAGAAGCAAGCAGAUACAUGUACAAAGGAACUGGCUUGUAAUACAAUAUUGGAAAUUAGCACUAAUACUCGGAACAAUGAUUUUGCUACUGAGGAUAUCAAUGAGUCCCGUGAAGGAAGGUCAGAUAAUUUGUCCAAGUAUGACAUUAAUGAGUCGGAAGUGGAAUUUGUUGAGAAAUUUGACGAAUCCCAGUUGGAGGAAACAUGUGUCAUGGUUGAAGGGGACAGGAUUCAUGUUCCACUGGGCCCAGUAAAACAGAAGUCAUACAAGAAGAAGCUUCGGGAGGCAUUCUCCACAAGAAAGAGGUUGACAAGGAAAGAGUAUGAACAACUUGGAGCACUAUAUGGAGAUCAACAGUUUAACCAAGAAGCUGAAGACAAGAAACCAAAUGCGAUAAACUCUGGGAGCCAGUGGAGUGAUCCAAAACCAGAGAUGCAUAUAGUAGCCUAUUCCAUGUAUCAGGCAGUCCAGACUGAUGGAUGUGCAUCUACGCGGUGCUCUGAGAGCUUGGUAAUGUUUAAGUAUCUUACAGGGAUUCUCAAUUUUAACAAUGUUCUUUCAACAAUCGCCGUCAGAGACUCAGAAAAAUGUGUUACAUGGGACUUGUCUGUGAUGAGUUGUGUUUUAUUGUAACACCCAUUUUGAGCUUUGUGUUCUGGAGAAAUGCUUCUGAAGAAAACUGUUGUUUUGUUCAAGUUAAUAUUCUGGUCUAUCCAAUCUGCCCA